CCACCAUUAUCACCACCACCAUUAUCACCAUUAUCACCACCACCAUUAUCACCACCACCAUUAUCACCACCAUCAUUAUCAUCACCACCAUCACCACCACCAUCAUUAUCAUCACCACCACCAUUAUCACCACCAUCAUCAUCACCACCACCAUCAUUAUCACCACCAUCAUUAUCACCACCACCAUUAUCACCACCACCAUUAUCACCACCAUCAUUAUCACCACCACCAUUAUUACCACCAUCAUUAUCACCACCACCAUUAUCACCAUCAUCACCACCUGACCACCAUUAUCACAACCAUUAUCACCAUCACCAUUAUCACAACCAUUAUCACCAUUAUCACAACCAUUAUCACCAUUAUCAUCACCACCAUUAUCACCAUUUUCACCAUCACCAUUAUCACCAUCACCAUUAUCACAACCAUUAUCACCAUUAUGAUUAUCACCAUUAUCAUCACCACCAUUAUCACCAUUAUCACUAUCACCAUUAUCACCAUUAUCACCAUCACCAUUAUCACAACCAUUAUCUGCAUCACCACCAUUAUCAUCAUCACCAUCAUCACCACCAUGUCCAUCUAUUUAAAAGUUUCCUUCCUAAUUCAGACAUGUUACCAAUCAGUAUCUUCAGUAACGUCAACCAUCAUAACUUAUCCUUUACAAGGUAAGUUACACCCCUUUUGUUUUUCCUAAUCAUAUAUUUCCUUCCAGAAAAUAUUCACCAUUUUAAAAACAUCUGUUUCAGUUGUUUCAAUACGAAUGAUUGUGCAGUUUGUUGGCCGAGAGGCAAAAUACACGUAAGUUGAAGAAUCUUGCAUGCAUUCAUUUUAAUUCCCAUUCUAGACUAAUUUUAAAACUAGGCAAGGAGAUGCAAGUAAAUCACCACAGCUAGAAAGAGCAUACUAAAACGAGUAAAAUUGCAAAGUUUGGUUGCGAAAUGUUGUAAAAUGCGGAAAAUAAUAUAGCCUUGCAAAGUUUGCAAAUUUUGUAUACUUUUGUAUUGCGUGCGGAAAUUGCCACCAUUUUCGGCCCAAAUGUGGGCUAAAUUUCCGCACGCAAUACAAAAGUAUACAAAAAAUGCGAACUUUGCAAGGUUAUAUUUUCCGCAUUUUACAACAUUUCGCAACCAAACUUUGCAAUUUUACUCAUUUUAAUAUGCUCUUUCCGGGAAUAUACUUUUUUUGCCAAGAUAAAAAAUUAGUCUAUAAUGGGAAUUGUCUAUUUAGUGACUUAUUGAACAGCACAUCGUAAUAUUUUUUACUGUAUGUUUUCAUAUUUAGUGGUACAAUUCAAUCUCUGCGUGAAAUCUACAGCGAGGAAGGCAUUUCUGGUUUAUUUGCGUGAGUAUAAUUACUUCACACAAGUAGAAUUUUUAUCCAAGAAUGUCACUAAGCAAAAUGUCACAUUUUCUAGUGGUCUUAUUCCCCAACUAAUUGGCGAGAUUAUCACAUUGUGGAUUUUCCGUGGUUUAACAUUUUGCGUGAAUAAAGCAGUUAGUUCUGAGGUACGAUGAGUCUUGGUUUCUUUAUAUCGUGAGUUUAGUCGAAUGGAAGAUAGCUGUGAAACUUAUUAGUGUAACAAUAUAACUCAUUAUCUAUGUUAGUCAACGUUUAUUCAUAAAUCUGGUCCUUCACCGUCACGUGUGUAUUGUAUUUUUGACAAAUCCACCAAAUCACCAAUAGCAAUUUCCCUAUUGUUCGAGUCACGGAUAGGCAACUUUCCUAAAACAUUGCUAUUGGUUAGUUGGGCAAAAUACAAUACACAUGUGACGGUGAAGGACCAGAUUUAUGAAUAAACGUUGACUAACAGAGAUAAUAAGUUAUAUUGUUAUUCUAAUGAGUUUCACAGCCAUCUUCGCUUCGAUAGGCUAUGGUUGGGUGUACUAGCUUUUUUGUUGAGCGCAAUAAUCACCAUUAAUAGGAAAAUAAUUUCUUUGUAUUUUUAUAGAUUGGAGAGUUUAAGGACUUGAAAGUCUACACACAGCAAGCUUCUCGUGUAAUUAAACGUUUUUAUAUGUUUUGUAUCACACUUGAUAAGACUAUGUUGUUUAUAUAUUGUGUUUAUUCUGUUGGCUAGAUUAUUGUUAGUUCUUUGACGUAUCCCUUCGUACUGGUUGCUAACCUCAUGGCAGUUAACAAAUGCAGGUAUAUGAUUAUGAUUUAUGAUCUCUUGUCUGUCACCAUUGAUGUUUGGUAAACUCACCAUCAGCAAGCAAAUCAACCCUUCACUACUAUCAUCGCUAUCUACCACCACCACCACCUGUUCACCCCUAUCAUCAUUAUCACCACCAUCAUCACGACCACCAUCACCACCACUGUCUACUAUCAUUACCAUCAUUACCAUGCUCACCAUCAUAAUCUUUUCUUAUCUAACCGUCAGGGUGCGAUAAUUCGCGUACUUACGUACCGGAAGUACGCCAAUAUUACUGUCUGGUACUUCUUUGUUUUCAACCACGUAGGCACGCGGAACUCUUGCUAUAUGCGUACUUAUUUUUUGCUGGUACCACAUGACCUUUCCAAGUGCAAGGUAUUCAAUACCGUAAUUUAGUUGGUAUAUCAUGUGUCUGAGAUGUCUUGGCAUGAAACAUGAUUGCACUGAUGGCACUAAGAAACGUUGGAGUCGGUUGUUUGAAAUAGCAAAACUCCGUUUUUAAAUAGCAAAACACCCUUUUCAAAUAGCAAAACUCCCUUUUCAAAUAGCAAAACUCCCUUUUCAAAUAGCAAAACUUCCUUUUCAAAUAGCAAAACUUCCUUUUCAAAUAGCAAAACUCCCUUUUCAAGUAGCAAAACACCCUUUUCAAAUAGCAAAACACCCUUUUCAAAUGGCAAAACUCCCUUUUCAAAUAGCAAAAGCAAAACUUCCUUUUCAAAUAGCAAAACACCCUUUUCAAAUAGCAAAACUCCCUUUUCAAAUAGCAAAACUUCCUUUUCAAAUAGCAAAACUCCCUUUUCAAGUAGCAAAACACCCUUUUCAAAUGGCAAAACUCCCAUUUCAAAUAGCAAAGCAAAACUCCCUUUUCAAAUAGCAAAACUCCCUUUUCAAAUAGCAAAACUCCCUUUUCAAAUAGCAAAACACCCUUUUCAAAUAGCAAAACUCCCCUCCCAAAUAGCAAGACUCUGUUUGCUACUUUUCAGAAACCUGUACUUUAUGAACCUUAUUUUUAAAGACUAAGUACACAUUGAGCAUUGAGUACUGAGUUUGUUCUAGCGCAAGUACGCGGCAACAACCAUUGGCGUACCAGUCAGGUACGACUAGAAAUCUUGUAUGAUCGCACCCUGUCUAACCUAUGACAUAUUUUUCUGUAGAUUAGAAGGCACUAGCAAACUACCCGCGUUCGAUAGCUGGACUCAUUGUUGGAGAGAACUAAGAAAGCAAGUAAGUUAAGAAAACCUAUGGAUACAUUUUUAACAAGCUCAAGUCUAAUAUGACAAUCAGUGUAAUAUGUAGAUAUGAACAAAUGCGCUUUAUAUCAAGUGUUACACUUACUUAAUUUACAUACUUAGCCUUGACUAUUUUAUCUUUACAACAAGUGAGAUAUUAAGUUCUUUGCAUGGCGAUAAAACAUAUAAUAGUUUUCUUUGUGGAAACACCACGUAAAUUUAUUACUGCAACCCCAGCAAAAGUAGUAAUUUCAACAAUAAUCACACACCAACAAAUCGUAAGAUUUUCAUAGUUCCAAAAUAUCCCCUCCAGUCUGCCUAAGUUAGGGGAACAGGGACACUAACCCACAUGCCUACAACAUUCACAAAGUGUACAAUGUGGAAAGGGACAUUACACUUCCCUACUGCUUUUAGAAACCAGUAAUUCACCUGUGUGAAAAAGUGGCAGUAAUUUCAACAAUAAUCACGCACCAACAAAUCGUAAGAUUUUCACGGUUCCCAAAUAUCCCCUCCAGCCUACCUAAGUUAGGGGUACAGGGACACUAACCCACAUGCCUACAACAUUUACAAAGUGUACAAUGUGAAAAGGGACAUUGCACUUCCCUACUGCUUUAGAAACCAGUAAUUCAUCUGUGUGAAAAAGUGGCAGUAACUUCAACAAUAGUCACGCACCAACAAAUCGUAAGAUUUUCAUAGUUUCAAAAUAUCCCAUCCAGUCUACCUAAGUUAGGGGAGCAGGAUUUGUGAUAUUACUUUCUUAACUGUGUCUGUCCUAACCCACCCUGUCAACUUUCCCUGUGGGAGGAAACCCAAGCACCCGGAGAAAGCCCACGACUUUCGGCAGAACGUUGACCGACUCUUUUCACAUGAGUCCGUAGCGAGAAUCCAACCCACGAUCUUAGAGGUGAAAGGUGCUUGCACUGACGCCUGCGCCACCUAAGUCCCCGCAAACCUGGCCAAUAGACAAUUCCCAUUAUUAUACAUUUAAUAUGUAUUCUCGUUUCUAAUUGGUCAGAAAGCACCGGCUAAUUUUCAGUAUUCGGCAUUUAUUACGUAUUUUCCGCCGAUGACGUCUUCAGCGUCCAAUAAUUGUUUUUUUGGAUCGAACUUGCAUCCAAAAAAAAAAUAUUGGACUCUCUCGUGCCCAAACCCUUGCGCGGCCAAAAGCUUGAACCUAUAAGCGCGCGAAAAACUUAAACAAACAAUGGCCUACAGCAGAUUUGCUUCGCUGAAUGAAAGUGAACUCUCCAAAUUAUUGGCAGAUAAGGAUAGUGAAAGCACGAAAAAAGCCACAAAGGGGUAAAUAGAAGUAGAAAUAGAAUAUUUAGCUGACCUUUGACUUUGUGCAAGGUGUUUGAUAUUCAAAUUGUACUUUUCCUACCUCAUGAACAGGAAUCGUUUUAUAUGUUUCUCAUGUCUUUAAAUGUAUAAUAAAACAAUUAUUGGAUUCGGCUUUCGCAUGAUAUCAAGAAUUAUUCAGACCUCGGUCUAUGUUAUCCGCCUCAGCUUCGCUUCGCCAGAUAACAUUGACCUCGGUCUGAAUAAUUCUUGAUAUCAUGCUCAGCCUCAUCCAAUAAUUGCUUAUUAUAGACUAAUUUUGAAACUAGGCAAGGCGAUUCAAAUAAAUCACCACAGCUAGAAAGAGCAUACUAAAAUUAGUAAAAUUAGAAAGUUUGGUUGCGAAAUGUUGUAAAAUGCGGAAAAUAUAGCCUUGCCUAGUUUCAAAAUUAGUCUAUAAUGGAAAUUGUCUAUUAUUCAAUCCGUUUUUGAUGUCAAUUUUUAUUGCUUACAGAAUUUGUUAUGGAGAGGAUCCAGUAUAUUCCGACGUACAUCAAGUACCGCCGUGGCCGGUCCGCUGACAUUACGAAAGAUCCUGUGAUAGACCUGUCUAGCCAUCUCUACCCUGCAAUGAUUCCUGUUUAUCCCUCUCGGAGAAGAAGUUGAGGGCGAUAUAUAAAUAUACAUUAAAUCGUGAGAAAUGAAAAGCAAUGUAUUGAAAAGACAAUUGUUUUGCCAAGUGAAAAGGUUUGUGAGAAUAAAUUGAAAUUAAAGUGUGAUCUUUCUGUGUGUGUGUUGUGUGA